AUGGCCAGAUUAGAGGCUAUAAGAAUUCUCCUUGUAAUUACCUCUGCAAAGAAGUUCAAGUUGUAUCAGAUGGAUGUCAAAAGUGCCUUCCUAAAUGGAUAUAUUAAGGAAGAAGUGUACGUGGAACAACCACCCAGGUUUGAAGAUUUUGAACAUCCUGAUCAUGUAUUCAAACUCAGAAAAGCAUUGUAUGGACUGAAGCAGGCACCAAGAUCUUGGUAUGAGUGCUUAAGUGAAUUCCUUAUGAAGAAAGGAUUCUCAAGGGGUAAAGUAGAUUCAGCCUUGUUUAUCAAAAGUUUGAAUAAAGAUAAAUUGUAUGUGCAAAUUUAUGUUGAUGAUAUCAUUUUUGGAUCGACUAAUUCAACACUUUGCAAAGAAUUUUCUAAGACAAUGCAGGAUGAGUUUGAGAUGUCCAUGAUGGGUAAGCUAACAUACUUCCUUGGCCUUCAAGUGAAACAAGCCAAAAAUGGAGUCUUUAUUCAUCAAUCAAAGUAUUGCAAUGACCUACUAAGGAAAUUCAAGAUGCUAGACUGCAAGGAAGCGGCUAAUCCUAUGGCAACAAACUGUUACUUAGAUAUUGAUGAAACUGAGAAGAGUGUAGAUCACAAAAUGUAUCGAGGUAUGAUUGAUUCAUUAUUGUAUAUAACAGCUAGUAGACUAGACAUUAUGCACAAUGUAUGUCUUUGUGCUAGGUUCCAAUCUUCUCCUAAAGAAUCACACUUAACCGUUGUUAAAAGAAUUUUAAAAUACCUAAAGGGAACCAAAAGUCUUGGACCAUGGUAUCCAAAUGGUACAAACAUUUUUCUGGAAGGUUACAGUGAUUCUGAUUUUGGAGGUUGUAAACUAGACAGAAAGAGCACCAGUGGCACAUGUCAUCUACUUGGAUCUUCAUUGAUCUCUUGGCAUUCAAAGAAGCAAGCUUGUGUGGCAUUAUCCAUUACAGAAGCCGAGUACAUAACAGUAGGAAGUUGUUGA